GCGACGUGACGCUUCGCACGGAGUGAAGUUCACAGAAUGCCGUAGGGAUGAAAGUAAUGUUUGUGAAUCGUCAUGGGAAGCUUUCAUUACCAGUGGCAAGGUUAAAGAAUGAUGUGGCGCAUCACUUACUACCCGGACCAUCUGUGCACAAGAAUGGAAAGGCAAAAACGACGACCGGCAGUCAAACUCAAGUGAUUAGUUUGGUUCCAUCGGCGCAGCGUAGUCGGUGGCAUUGCGCUAUAUGCAGCAAAAGUUUGUCUUCGAAACGUUCAUAUGACGAGCAUAUGAACAUUCAUAAUGAUGCACGGCCAUUUGCUUGCGACCAUUGUGAUUAUGCUGCAGCGAGUCAGAUGACACUUCGAAGGCAUAAAUUACGUAGUCACACUGCAAGACGUGAUUGGGGUUAUAAAUGCCCAUAUUGCUAUGAAGCUUACAUGGAACCAGCCAGUUAUCAGCAACAUGUGCAGUCCCGACAUUUCGGCCGGUCAGCAACAUUUGGAUGCCCAUACACCCAGUGCACCUUCCAAUCCAAGUGUUUUCGACAUUUUCGCGAGCACUUAGCCAAACACAACAACUACGAAUCCUAUGUUGGCCAACCAGAUCGUAUUCCCUUUUCAUGUCCUGAUGAAGAACUAAAUCGAUAUCUCGUCGACGACGAGUAUGGUUAUGGCUAUCGCACUAACGGUCCGAUUCGUCGAGUGCAAUUCUUGAAAGGAAGAUCAGGCUCUGCAAUAAUGAUGGGUGGUACUACAGUUGUACCAGUUAAAAUGGUGGAUACAUCUGAUUCGCCUCCGCUUCUUACAGCCGAAGUAGUUGAUGCAGAUUACAUGAAAGAGCCCAUAAAAUUGCGACCGACAUCAUCAGCAUCGUCGUCCACUCAACGAAACGUAGCACAUGAGGCUCAAAGUUAUUGUCUUGAGCCACCUCAGCUGGUUGAGGAAGCACAUGAAAUGUAUCCAAUUGAUACUGACUGGAUUGAAGGAGAGAUAGAGGUUCCCUCAAGUGAGGUACCGUUACUUCCUGAUGGUCAAAUGGAUAUUGAGCUAGAUUAAUUUUUGUUUUCUGUUAUUAUUUAUUUUUUAGCUUUUGCUGUUUUAUCCCUUGUUUUGUUGAAUUUGAAGCCUAUUUUAUCUAUUCUGUCUGUGAUUGCGGUAUAUUUGCGUGAUAUAGUUUCUGGAUUAUAAAGUAAUGUAAUAGUUUGCCAGACUAC